GGUUUGCCCCUCGCGCAUUAGGAGGGAACUACAGGAUGAGAUGAGCUCGUGCUGGCUGUCACUGCCGCCGCCCUAUAGACACCCGUGAACCGGAGCGCGAGCAGGACGACCUCAUCCCGAUCGAGAGGCCGAGGUGCGAGCCUGUCCCUGACCUCAAUCCGGUUCGGAUGCGUUAACAACGCUUCGCAGACUGAGCAGGCAAGAGAGGAGACUGUGGGCAGAGACGGAUUUUUGGGAUAUAGCUCUCGCGCUCUCGGUCUUGCGAUGGGAUGCACGUUAAGCGCAGAGGAGCGCGCCGCUAUGGAGCGGAGCAGAGCCAUAGAGAAAAACCUUAAAGAAGACGGAAUAACCGCAGCCAAAGAUGUCAAAUUACUGCUGCUCGGCGGAGGAGAGUCAGGCAAGAGCACCAUCGUCAAACAGAUGAAGAUUAUCCAUGAAGAUGGGUUCUCUGGAGAUGAUGUAAAGCAGUUUAAACCUGUGGUCUAUAGCAACACUAUUCAGAGCCUUGCCACCAUCUUGCGAGCAAUGGAGACUCUUGGGAUAGAGUACGCAGACAAGGACAGAGCUACGGAUAGUAAGAUGAUAUUUGAUGUGGUCAGCCGUAUGGAAGACACUGAGCCAUACUCAACAGAACUGUUGGGUGCCAUGAUGCGUCUGUGGGCUGAUGCUGGAACUCAAGCAUGCUUUAGUCGCUCACGAGAGUACCAGCUCAACGACUCUGCCCAAUAUUAUUUGGACUGUUUGCAGCGCAUUGGAUCUCCAGAUUACCUUCCAACUGAACAGGAUAUUCUUAGAACUCGAGUUAAGACUACUGGCAUUGUUGAAACACAUUUUUGCUUCAAGAACCUCAAUUUUAGGCUGUUUGAUGUGGGGGGACAAAGAUCAGAGAGAAAAAAAUGGAUUCACUGCUUUGAGGAUGUUACAGCCAUUAUCUUCUGUGUUGCCCUGAGUGGAUACGACCAAAUGCUGCAUGAAGAUGAGACCACAAACCGUAUGCACGAGUCUCUUAUGCUCUUUGACUCCAUAUGUAACAAUAAGUUCUUUGUGGAUACUUCCAUCAUCCUCUUCCUCAACAAGAAAGACCUUUUUGGAGAAAAGAUUGUGAAAUCUCCACUGACAAUCUGCUUCCCAGAAUACACAGGUCCAAAUACAUUUGAAGCUGCAGCUGCAUAUGUUCAGGUCCAGUUUGAAAGUAAGAGUCGCUCUCCUAAUAAAGAGAUCUACUGUCAUCUAACCUGUGCUACCGACACAGGAAACAUCCAAGUGGUCUUUGAUGCUGUCACUGACAUCAUCAUCGCCAAUAACCUACGUGGGUGUGGCCUAUAUUGAGCUCCAAAUCCACAUGUUGCCCUUCGAUAUGGUAAUAAGUGACUGAACUGGCACCCCUGUGACUUUGGCCAAGGCACUCCUUCAUUCAUAUCAUUCUGUCAAGUUUUUUUGUUUAGAAUAUUUCUCCCUUCCUUCACUAUUUUGAUUUGUAGUUAGUAAGUGCAUUGCUGGAGUAAAUAAUGUAUGGGUGUGCAUGUUUAGUGUAAAAAUGUGUGUGGCCAGGCAUAGAUGCUUUAAGCAUGAGUGCAUGUGUGUGGGUGUCAGUCACAAUGAGUGAGAAUGUUUGUCGGAUGAUAACACAAAAAGUUCUCUGCUGUUUCUGUUCAAUUCAAGUGCUGAUGUAAUUCUUAACAACAACAAAAUAAGAAUGCAAAAGGAUCGGUGACUGUUGCAGGCAUUUCUAAAUCUAAUAUCUAAAAAUAUCUGAAAUACCGAAUGCAACAUAUAUGUCAUUUGUUGGCUAAUCAUUUGGCAGGGGUGAAUGUCAUUUCAGGAACUGAAUGUUGUCAAGGGGCAGCUCUUACCCCUUUAUUGGGUCUGUGCUCACUGGCUUCAGGCUGUGACAUAAAAUGCCUUACAGUUCAUGAAGCACAAACUGUGAAGUUGACAACAUUCUCACUCAACAUGAGCACAAAUAGUUCAACAAUCUUUUCAGUUUUUUCUCUUCUGUAUAAAUCAUGAGGUGGUUUAUUUAUUUAUUUAUUGAACUACAAACGCACGUAUUUACAUAUUUUGUAUCGCUCCACUUUUUUUGCACCCUAUCAAUGUAGGGCUAAGGAUACAAACUAUCUAGCUUACAAACUUUAGGUGGAGAAAUGUAAUUCGGAGUCGUAUAUAACUGAAUCACUAAAUUAUCGGUUCUUUCUUAUCUCACUCUCUUGAUCGGAUUGUGUAAUGUGUGAAUGUGUACAGAUGUGUGUGCGUGUUAUGCAUGCACAGUCUAUUCACUCAUGACCUGUUACUUAACCCAGAUUUAUUCUCCUGUUUCUCUGCUGUGAAUGGGUUUUUUGUUUGGUGCACUGAAUGUUCUCUUUUCCUCCCUUGGGGUAUACAACAUUGUACUGCUGGUUUUAAUCUUCUGACUGACCGAUAAAAUGUUUACAUUAAA